AUGAAUUUCUCUGAUUUCAUCAAAUAUGUUGUGAAUCUUAUCGAUUUUCAGUGCAAGUAUGUGUAUUUAUGUCUACCUGAAGUAAGAUUAAGUGAGGGGCUUCAUACACUACAAAAUGAUUAUGACUACUCUGAGUUUCUUAAGGUUGCAAAUGCUCACAGACAUGUAAAUGUGUAUAUUGACCAUGAUAAGGAACCUCUAUUUGAUUGGAUUGAGAAGAGCCAGACACUGGAGAUGUUGACUCCACUAUGGAAGAUAGUGAGAAGUGUGAACAUGAAGAGGAUGACUCUGUUAUAUCAAGCAAAAGAACCUAUAAUGAUCACUUUUUGA